GGGACUCGCUGCCGGCCCGGGCCUAGACCGCGCGCUAGACCGGGGUUUCGCGCACCGGCUGCGGACCGAGCGCCGGGCUAGGGAGACCAGCGGCUGGCGCUGGGCCGCAUGGAGCUGCUGGCGCUGCACACGCGGCGGCGGCGGCGGGGGGCGCUGCUCCCGCAGGAGCCGGGAGAACCGGAGCGCAAACGAGUAUGCAAGAGUUUAGAGACCGUUCCAAAUGAGAGUGAUUUUUGCCACCAAUUAAAUGAAUGUGCUAUGGAUUACUGGACUAUGGAGCUGGAUUCUAAACAGAAAGGUACCACAGAACAAUUUAUUCCUCAGACUCCUAAGGAAAAGCCAAAUUCAAUGAUUUUUCAAAAUCAUGGAAGCAAAGGUACUGCCCAGCCUUGCCCAAGAUGUAUUGCAGGAGAAUCUGGACACUUCAACCAUAUUAUGGGCUUCUAGAAGAAGAGAGCCUGCAAAGCAGCAAUGUUCAGUUUCUGUUUUUAAAACGUAAGAACAUGCAUGUGUAAAUGCCGUACAGCUGGAUUUCUGUACACACUCAUUCAAUUAAUGUGGAUCUAGAUUUGUUAUACAUUAUGUAAGAUUUUGUGCGUUAUGUUGUAUUUUUAAUACAAAAAUCCAUAUUCCUUUGUUUUUAUAGUUUAACAAGUUAUUAGUUCAAAUAACUUCCAUCUUGAUCCUUCCUUCCUACUCCCUCCCCAAGGCCCUUCACGCAGGCUAGUAUUUCAUUCAGACAUAGGUCUUUUUAGUAGUGGGUAAAGAAAGUCAUGAAAGUAGGUCUGAUUUUGCUUUGUUAUAGGAGUUUAGUUAGCACAGUGUUGGUCCAAUCCUGCAAAUCCUUAGUCCUCUUGCUCCACUUUCUGUUCCUUUUGGGCACCUACUGGGACACUGGUAGUGACCAUCCUUAUGCUCAGAUGAGAACAGGGACUGCAUUUGUGGCCGAGCUUUUUCUAGAAGCCCGUACAGAGUGACAAAGCAGAGGUUCUCUUUACACACACACACACACACACA